GGGAGGACGCACCUCAUUCCGCUCUCACCUCAGUCCCACCUCGACUCGUUAUCUCAGAGCUCAUUCUCCUCGCCCGUUGUGCCGUCGCCACCUCGUGCUCGCUCCUUUCCCUCCUCGUGUUCGGCCCCCUGUCCCACGACGCCCACGCCCUGUGUCGUUCGCGAGGAGCUCUCUCCCUCCUCCUCCCCCGCUCGCACGCCCCACGGAAGAACACGACCGAAAGCCUUCCUACCUCGUUGCCUUGUUGUUGUGGUGACCGUUCGAGAACUCCCGUAUAUUCAUUUUUGGUUCUCAUAUAUUUACGUUCCCUUACUUUAUUUUCUUUCCUUUAUUUUUUUCAAACCCUUAUUUUCCUUUAUUCUUUUUUUUUUCGUUUUGUUUUUAACCCCGAACGAACCUGCCAUUUCUUUUCGCGUUUGGAAACACUCUGACCACCGCCAUGAGGGUCUUCGAAAGGGCGGUGCAUGACGCGUUCCGUCUAGUCAGAGGACGAGACCGAGUGCCAAGAUGAGUUUGAUGCAGUUCUGUUGAAUCGCGAUGGACUAAACAGAAAAAAAGAAGAAAAUAUAGACCAAUCUCUUUCCACUGACCCACGAAAAAGGACUUGCAAAUUGUUUGGAAAGAUAGAAGGAAUAAGAGAAUUUCUCCGGCGAAGGAUCUUCCACACAGGAUGGAACCCGCAAGAAGCACGCAGAACAGUCAAAGUGAUCGGCCUUCAUUGUUCGUGGAAACUUGAGCAAAAAUACCCGCCUGUUCUUGCACCAUUCGAAUUUCUCAUUUUGUAUCAUUAUUUUAUAUUAUCAUUAAUAUUCCGUAUACAUCUAUUUUUCUCAUUCCAUUCGCGGCUUUAUUUAUAUGCUAAUGAUGUGCAUAUUUCGGACCAAGUUCGAAGAAGCGGUCUCCCCAUCUCACGGCUGUGACGGAGAACUCGAAGGACGAAGGUUAAGUGUUCUAACGUCUCGCCGGGCUUUCGAGAGCGACGCCGCGGGGCCAACGCCGCUGAGAUUCGCUGGAAAACAAAAUUCGCUGAGGCUCUGAUCUCUCCGUUUAGAGCCUCGCGAGAAGUCGUGCGGGGAGAGAGAAAAAGAAAGAAAUAAGGUGACAACAUACUUUUUUAUUCUUGAGACGGGGAGGUAAGGACGAAGACUUCGGGCAGUGUCUGUGGUUUAGUACCUGCUUUUGCGAGAGUGAGUCCCGGUCGGCCUCACGUCCACGACCUGAUACGACCUGUUUAACCUCGGCAAACUCCUCUCGAACGACUUUCCGUUGCCGCCGCCGCCGGUGGUGCUAGGGGUGGAGAGGCAGCGGUCGUGGAUCUUGCUGCUGGAGCCGUGGGAAAUUAAUGACCAGCGUGGGAACUCGGGCGUCUGGCUGAGGAGAGCGUGCAACCCCAGGAAGCGGAAAGGAAUAUACACAGAGGAAAAGCGGGAUAGCGUAAAAACAAACAAAAACAAUACUCGGGUGUAGACAGUAACUUCGAAAAUAAAAUAGCAAUAUCAAGUAAAAAAAAGUCUUGCCUCGUGUUCGCACCAGCUUCUGUGCUUCCGGGAGAGAAAGGCGAAAAGAAGAUAAAGAAAGACAUAGAAAAAGAAAUAGGAAAGUGAUCUCCAGUGUCUUGCUGCAGUUUCUUUGAUUUCCGCUUUUCUUGUACGAUGUAGAUCCUACGAACCUCGACCUCAGCAGGGCACUGACGUCUGUUCCUGGCCGAGACGAGGUUGUUUCAUGAAAAUUUGCAAUAACAUCUUGGAUAUUCAUAGGAAACAGACAAUACAAAUCUGUGAGGACAGGAAAAAUUGGACAUUUCUAUGCGUCUAGCUGGCAGCUCAUAUUUUGCAAAGAAAAGAGGGUGGAAAAUAUGUGAAAUCUUAUUCACGAACUUGAAUUUCCUAUUUGGAGUCCCAAGACCCAAACUGACCAGCUGUCCAAGGAGUUCCAUGACAUUUCUUAUCAGAUUGGCCAUCUGAACUCCCUUUUAUCUCAGCUGAAGGAACGGGAAAAAUACCCGAUAUUACUCUCAUGAGUUUUUCCAUUUCGUAGUACUGCCCGGCGCCUCUGCGGCCAAAAUGGAACCCGCGUCCAACUUCACCGGCGCAGGAGUGGACGAGUCCGGCAUCCUUGAGUACAUCGAGGCUCUGGACCAGGAGCUGGAGGGCUUCGCCGGGAACAAUUCCUUGGGCCUCUACAACGACACGUUCAAUGGUACGUUCUGGGUGUAUCCAUGGGGGGCGUCCAUGUACCCCUCGGGAUACAGCACCCUGGAAAUCGUCAUCAUCACAGUCAUCAUCACCGUGGCCAUGAUCGUGGUGGUGGUCGGCAACAUGCUGGUCAUCAUCGCCAUCGCCACGGAGAAGGCGCUCAAGAACAUCACCAACUGGUUCAUCGCCUCCCUGGCCGUGUCGGACUUCCUGCUCGGCCUGGUGAUCAUGCCCUUCAGCCUGGCCAACCUCCUCAUGGGCUACUGGAUGUUCGGCGACCUGUGGUGCGAGCUCCACGCGGCCAUUGACGUCCUCCUCUCAACCGCGUCCAUCAACAACAUCUGCCUCAUUUCCCUGGACAGGUAUUGGAGCAUCACCCACGCCGUCGCCUACCUGAAGAAGCGGACACCGGAAAGGGCGGCCAUCAUGAUCGUGGCCGUGUGGCUCUUCUCUGGCCUCGUGUCCAUCCCGCCCUUGCUCGGAUGGAAGGAGGUGCGGGCGCCCGAGGAUUUCCCCAAAUGCACGUUCAUAAUCAAGAGACUUAGGUAG